ACUGUCUGCGCACCCGCUGGCGCCUCACAUGCCGGGCCUGUCCUCGCCGCAGUACGCUUCCAUAACUGCUCACCUAGCUCGCUCCCACUGAUACGGUACCACCACCGCCGCCGCUACCGUCCACCACCACCCUCUUCUUCACUCUCCUCAGUCCUGCCUCUGCCUCUCCUUGCUCUAUUUAAACCCGGCCCCGGGAAAACCUCUCGCAUCUCCUCCCAAAUAUCUCUCACCUUUGAAGAGCUCACCUCGGUUUGCAACUGCACAGGAAGAGGAGUAGGGGAAGUGAUGGCAGCUAAAAGGGUCUCCGUCCUGCUCCUGGCUCUCCUCCUCCUCGCCGUCGCCUUCCCUGCGGAGGUCAUGGGAGGCAACCUCAGGCCAUCGGAGUGUUCGCCCAAGUGCGCGUCGCGGUGCUCGCGGACGCAGUACAAGAAGGCUUGCCUGACCUUCUGCAACAAGUGCUGCGCCAAGUGCCUGUGCGUGCCCCCCGGGUUCUACGGCAACAAGGGCGCCUGCCCCUGCUACAACAACUGGAAGACCAAGGAAGGAGGGCCCAAGUGCCCCUAGGAUGAUCCAUCCUUCUUCUGCUGCUGCUGCGUCGUCAAGAGUCUCAAGACCAGCAGCGAUUAAUCCUUGUUUAUUCAUGCAUUGUUCCCCUAGUUAUUAGUAAUGCAUUGCUACAUCUGGAAUGCUACCAGAUCUGGAUGGUGAAUGAUGUUCCUGUUGGUGGUGAGACUUUGAGAGAGAAGAAAAAGUAGGGAGAGUGAGGAUUCCUAGGGUGGCACGUCAUGUUAAUCCCCUCCUAAACAAGUACUACUAGUACGACUACUGCUGCUCUAGUUGUUAUCCAUGUCAUUCCUUAGUAGUCAACUAAAAGUAUCCCCUC